CCCAUAGUAACCAGUAAACAAUUUUCUUAACGUGCCUGCAGGUCUAUCUAGUGUAAAGUAUUCCAAUAUUCCGGUUUUUCUAAGCAAUAUGGAAGGAUUGCCUCUUCUACCUGGCUAUUCUUUUAAAGAUCCCACGAUCUCCAAGUAUCAUGUUUCCCAUUCAUUUGAUAUGAAAAAUGGCCAUUGUAUACCGAAAACGUCAACUCUUGGAAUUGGCAAAUUGCCGCUUGAUUCGGAAUCAGUUCAGUACACAAAAUUCACUGAUGCAGUAAGGUUUGAUCCAACAUUAACCUAUGGUCGCCCAAAACCAAAACCUUCCGCCUUGUUUCGACCGCAUUUUGUUACUUAUGACAAAAAAUGUCUGGCAUUUCAAGGUUACUUCAAAGAGUGUAUACCAUUGCCGAAUAUGGAUGACGAUAACUAUCGUAUACGUCGUGUGAAUAUCGUCUAUUUUCUGGAGGAUGAUACAAUCACUGUUAUUGAACCAACGGUGGAGAACUGCGGUCUUCCUCAAGGCAGACUUGUAAAACGUGGCAGAAUACCAAGGAAUACUGAUGGAGAUCUGUGGCACUGGAAAGACCUUAACGUCGGUAUCGACAUGAAUCUACAUGGCAUUGUCUAUCGUCUUUGCAGCUGCGAUAGUUAUACCAAAGAGUAUUUACUGAGCCAGGGCAUUGAACUGAAUCCUGAAGAACAGUUACCGUUGGAUCCAUAUUCACAAAAAAGAAAAAAUGUCAAUUUGGCUAAUGUUGGCAAGCCUUCAGAGACUAAAAGUAAUGACGAUAAACUGUGGCGUUUUCUAACAUAUGAUGGAAAAGUAUUGAGGUUCUUUGCAGUAUGCUGUAACAAUGAUAACGGCGAAGACGACCCAAGACCUUAUAUUAUCCGCUACUAUUUGGCCGACGGCUGUGUUGAUAUUAGCGAAGUGUUCCAGGUGAAUAGCGGACGUGAUCCGUUCCCAAAAUUCCUGAAUAAAAUCAGACUUCCAAAGGACUGGAAAAACUUGCCAAGCGAUUAUCCUUCUGCCUCAAUGGAAGCAGCCAGUACAAGAAAGGUUGAAUACUAUGAACCUAAGGACUUUUUGGUUGGAAACACUCUACCAAUUUUGGCUAGAAGAUUUUUCGUUUACGAUUGUGAUGAUUUCACCAGGAGAUAUUACUCAGAGUGCAUGCGAAUUGAUCAGCCAGCAAGAAUAGCUGUACAACUUUCUAGGGAGAAGAAAUCGUAUCCUCCACCCCCAAUUCCUCCACACAUUGGGAUCGGAACUCCUGAUGACACAUUACAAUCAUGCUUCUCAUUUGUUUUAAAAUCACCGAGAAAAGAUAUCACCAAAUAUGUUGUGAAUGCCGGCAAGAAACUAAGAUACACUGCAACAAUGGACUGGGUGCACCCUGAGGAUAAAGACAGAGAUUUCAUUAUUGAAUAUUUUCUUGCAAAUAGUCACAUUCUAAUCACUGAAUUGCCCAAACAUAAUUCGGGAAUUAAGGGUGGCAAGUUCCUUUCUUCUAUGCUCUUACCUAAACCUGGAUGUUUUCAUAGCGAUAACCCUGAGUACUAUUCUCCUGCCGAUUUUGGACUUGGUUCCAUUAUCAAUGUAUUCGGCCACCGAUUCAUAAUCACUGGAGCCGACCUCAUGGUUUACCAUUACAUGCAAGCCAAUGUUGAAAAAUUCACUGCUGACAUGAUAGAAUCAUAUCGCAGCCAUUUCACGAAACUGGGAAUAUUGAAGAGUGACUAUGACAAUCAAGUUAGCGACCCUGUCUGUCAUGUAGAUGAUCCGUCGAUAAAAUUGACGGGUGAUACGACACAAAAGUUUGAUGUCCCAUGUCAGAAAAUGGUUGACACAACACAUACGACGAUGGAUGAUCGUAGGGAAUAUUCAAGGAUGAAUUCGCAGGUGCCACCAAUUUCAGACCUGAUUGAAACUAAAGCAAUGGACGCUGCAUUGAAGCCACGAAAGUGUCCUUGUUGAACAAAGAAUUUCCUAUUCAUGAAGAUGGAAUUGUAAACACGGAUUAGAUCAGGCCUAUUCUAAUAAAUUUUGUUUAAAUAGUAUUGAAUUCUGUGGAGCAUUUCGUGGCGACUUAUCGUCAUAUCUCUGUGUGAAUUGAUAUUCAAAAUUAUAAGAGUAGAAUGUUAGUACUUUUGAACAUUUUUGAAAUAGAAAGAGCAGAUUAUCAAUGAUUUUUUUUUUGUAAUUGUCCUGUGAAUAGUUGUAAAAUUGGUGGUGAAAUUAAAUUAUGUGAUAAUUUCCAUUCUUGUAUAAAAUCAUUCUCAUAUUUAUCAAUUCUCAAUUCCAAUCCUAGUGCUAUCAUUCAUAAAUGAUAACUGGAAAAUAUGAUAUGGUGAACAUACAAAUAGAGUUCAAAACUAUCUUGUUACUUCAAAGUAAUACUUUAAUAGGUACAUUUAAUUCUUUAAAUAAGUUCUACUUCUAGUCUUGUUUUCAGUAUAUCUAUUCGGAUAACUUUUUUCGGAUACGUUCUUCCAAAAAAACAUUCUUAGGUUAUGCAUUUUACACUUUUGCAUUUUUAAAUUCUUUAAUUUUUGCUUAUUUUGUUUUUCCUCUCUACAAGCUAAAAUCAAAUAAAUCUUCGUUCGAAAUUGCAGAAACUCUGUUUGAGAAUUGAAAUUGAUUUCCCGGCUCAUGCAAGAGACCUUUAUUAUAUUUAGAGAAAUUCUCUUCAAUAUUAUUUUUCACAUUCUUUAUUAUGAUAUAAAUAUAAAUAAAAUAAAAAUCUCAGUACCCUUUUUUUGAAAUAUUUUAUCACAACAUGUUUCGGUCAUUUAUGCCAUUUUCAAGUGAUAUGAAUUAAAUAAAUAAAUACUACU